GACUGAUUCAACAACGGGGGGGGAGGGAGGGAGGGACGGAGAGGUAAAAGUGUGGUGUGUGCGAGUGCGAGUGCGAGUGCGAGUGAGACUUGUUUCUGAGAUUGAGGAUCGUGGAGCCGACUGAGUCUGUCCCCUAAGCCUAUAAAUUGCAUCCACAGUGGGUAAUGAAUCCUCGCCUCGCCACUUGUCUGCAAUUCUUAAGGCCCAUCAAUCAGCAAUCGGCGUUCCGUUGAUCCUCCAUUGGGAAUUCAUCACUCGUCCCUCCCUCCGCCCGCCGCGAUGAAGGCCCUCACCACCGCCACCCCGUCCUUGGACUUGUUGCCAUGUAACCACCAUCAGCGACUGCCACGAAUUGCUCAGCUGGGCAGCCAAGCUUUUUUUGCUCCUCUUCAACGCCGCGAUCAGAACCAGAGGCGCCUCGGAUACGGCUUCUGUCUCGCUCUCUCCUUCAACAACAACAACAAAUCCAUAUCUCCCAUUCCCAUUUCCGCCUCUGCUCAGGCAAAUGCUGACGAAUGUAACGCAACCCAGGCUAUGAGUAUGACCCCUGGUGGAGGGGUGAGCAAUACCAAUACCAAUACCAACAUCGUCCGAGUUAAGUUUAAGUUGGUGAGGGAAUGUAUAUUUGGACAGCAAUUUCUGGUUGUAGGGGAAGAUGAGGCUUUGGGAGCAUGGGAUGCGUCUGCGGGGCUGCCCUUAACUUGGCAUAUGGGCCAUUUGUGGACUGCAGAAGUGGAUCUGCCAGCCAGCAAAUUGAUCAAGUUCAAGUUCGUGCUCAAGGGCCCUGGAGUCACAUCUUGGCAGCCAGGUCCGGAUCGUACUUUUAGAACGUGGAGGUCUACAAAGAAAAUCUCUGUUUAUGAAGAUUGGCUUAACCCUGAAUAUCAGAACAUUGCUGAAGAGGAUUUGGCAUCUGAUCCCGACUCAAAUCACUUGGUUGUUACUGAGCCCAAGAUUACAUCGCCAAUGGAUCAAGGCUCCACUGAGGAAGGUAAUGGUGUUGCAAUUCCUGAAGAAGAAGAGCCUCUUGCACUGCCUGUGAUUACAGACAACAACAUCACCACCAACUUCAGCUCUUCAAGUGACAAAGAGAAUGCUCAAACUACAGUGAAUCUAACUCCUGAAAACAAUGGUGCGGCCGCAAGCGCUGGAAAGGAAUUGGUGUGCUCAGAUGGGAAAAGAGUAGUUGUAGCAAGUGAAGAGGUUCCGGUUCUGGUACCGGGGUUGAGCGCCACCAGAGGAGAAGACCAAGGGGAGAUUGCAGAACCAGAAAUUGCCCAGGCGGAGAAUAAUAGCAUUCUUGACAAUGCUGCAACUGAGAUUGGGGUCAUGACCGAGAAGUUGGAAUAUGAUUAUGCAUCUGCAUCUGCAUCUCCAUAUCCGAAUCCUCCACCACCACCACCACCGGGGCAUGCUAAUGGUAAUGCUACUGAGCAAGAAACAUAUGAAAAAGAGGAGGCGAAUAUCAUCAUGAUCGUGGAAAGGGAUGUGCAAUGGGGUAAACGAACUCUCCUGAAAUUGCUUUCUACUUUAGGAUUACAAUAGAAGAAAGUAAAUGUUUGUUUGUUUGUAUGGAUGGAUGUUGGCUCCAUGCCAAAUAGUAACAAGGGGAGACGUUGUUGUUGUUGUUGUUGAUGUACAUGAAUGAAUGAAUAGGUGUAAUGUAAUGUAAUGUAAUGUACGUGGUAGAGCGAGAUGCCCACUUUGUUGCAUGUGGGUAUUUAUUAGGACAUGGACAUGAACAAUAUGGGAGUCAUUUGUAUUAUUUACUGCCUAUUAGUAUUGUAUGAGUAGAGUGGUGCCCUUCACUUGAGUUGACAUCAUUUGUAUCUC